AUGCGUUCGCUUACCGUCUUUCUCUAUGCCCUGGUCCUUCUGGCCCUUGGCGCUCACUCGACCCCUGAUCGUGCGAACCACCAGGGAGGACAAGACAGCAGCUGCGAUGAGAGCAGCAAGGUCCAGGGCGUAACCGGAGGGGUUGGCUCCAGCAGCUCGCAUUCAUCUAUCGCCACCACUACCACCACCGCACCACCCAAGACUGCUUCUUCAAAGGCGUCCAGCGCCACAUCAUCUGUGUCUAAGUCCAGAACUUACACGACUACUGUCACGUCGACCAAAACCAACACGGUGACAGUCAGAGCCACAGCUGGGUCAUGUGGCUUGAGCAGUGCUACCACGGGUCUUCCACUUACCACGUCUGCUGUCGUCCCUACCUACAACAACACGACGGUGGCGUUGAACACGACUACCUCGACUAUGCAUCUCACCAACGUGACCUAUUCCAGACACUCAGCCACCUCUGCCCCCAAUGCUACAGUCCCCAAGCCGACCAUUAGCCCCACGAUCUCGGGCUUCCAGGGCGUGGCAGCCGGCCUUUCCAGUCAAUCUCCUGCGUCAGUAUUUUCUUUGGGGUGCUUGGUAUUUAUGGCGGCCUUGUUGGUCUAG